AUGAGUGUCACUUUGGAUGGAAUACCGGAUACGGAACAAGCGCACAAUGAUGCGCAGUUCAAUGCGUUGAAUCCAGUGAAUGGAUUUGUUUCUGGAAAUCAAGCAAGAGAAGUUUUUAUGAAAUCUGGGCUUUCAUUACCGGUGCUGGCUCAAGUAUGGCAGUUAGCAGACUACAACAAGGAUGGCAAAAUGGAUCGUUUGGAGUUCUCUAUUGCGAUGCAUUUGAUAAGAUACGUUUUGAGCGGAAACCAGCUUCCAUCAACUCUCCCUGAUUCCUUGAAGCCUACGGCUUUGAUACUGCGCAUGGCAGGCGCUCCAUCAUCUGUUCAUAACGCUGGAAUCCGCCCAAUCGCGCCUUUAAUACCAUUAGGUGCUCCAAUUAUGCCUAUGGGCUCAUCAAAUUUAUCAGGUCCACUUGUUAGUGGGAUAGUGCCUCCAAUCCCAGAUACUUAUCAGACUUCAAAACCUGCGGAUAUGUCUUCAUCUAAAAAAGUUAAAACGGACUGGGCCAUACCUCAUUCGGAGAAGCUGAAAUACUGCCAGCAAUUUAAUCAACUUGAUAAACAACGGAAUGGUGCUUUAAACGGUAUUCACGCAAGAAAUGUCUUGGCGCAAAGUCAGCUACCAAACGUAACAUUAGCUGAAAUAUGGAACCUUUCUGAUGUGAAUAAGGACGGUCGUCUUAGUGUAGAAGAGUUUUGUAUCGCAAUGCACCUCAUAGAUUCUGUAAAAGCGGGAUAUACUUUACCAAAAAGCCUGCCGCCGGAACUGAUGCCUGCGGUUGUACGCAUGAAAAGUGAAUCGCCUAUAUCUGAAGUCGGUGCUUUGCCGGCUCAGAAGAUAACAGUUCCUAAGACCUUUGAAGACAAAAGGAAAGAUAAUUACGAUAGGGGACAAGCAGAACUUGAUCGGAGACGCCAAAUUUUAAAAGAACAAGAGGAUAGACGUAUUGCUGAAUUGGAACGGAAAGAAAGAGAGGAAGCUGAGAAACGAGAGAAAGAACGUCAAGAAGCGGAGCGGAAGAGACGACUUGAAAGAGAAGCUGAACUACAAAGAGAGAGAGAGCGUGAAGCCGCUAGGUUAGCGGAAGAAAGGCGAAUUGCUGCAGAAAAGGAAGAAGCUAGAAAAGAAAUGGAAAGGCAGAGGAAAGCUGACCUGGAUGCUUUGCGAAUUCGUGAAGCCACGGCAAAGCGACAAGCCGAAAUUGACAAUACUGCUGAACGUCAACAGAGGAAAAAAACUUUAUCAUUCCAGCUACAGGCAUUGACAGAGCAAUCUGGAGAAUUGAAUUCUAACAUCACAUCGGCUCGUGAACGGAUUGUUGCCAUAACCAGAGAGAUUGAACAAAUGAAAGAACAGAGAGAUAAGAAGCUCAGUGUACAGUGCGAACAGUUGGCUCACGAAGGAUUGCAGCUAAGAGUAAAGUGUUCCUCAGGGCGUGCUCAGGAACUAGAGAGUAUUCGUACGCGUGCCAAUGUGCUUCGCGAAGACUUACAGAAAGUUCGCGAUGCGCUGUUAGCUGCUGAAGACAGAGCAAAACUUCAGCAGCAGCUAAAUUCCAAGAAAAAACUUGAGAUUGAAGAAUUUCAUAGUUACUUACAACAAGCAUCUGGUACGCAUGCAAAUUUCCGCCAAGAAAUUAAAGCUCUACAACAAAAAGCGAUUGAGCUCAUAAGAAAGCGUGAGCAAGAAGCUAAACAGCCUGUGGCUACAGUUGCGUCUCCUACAGCUACCAAAGCUGCACCUUCUCAAAACACUUCUGUUAAUGCUCAAGAUGUUGCGACAAGUGAAAACAAUGCUAACGCAACAUCAGAAAGAGAUGUUAAUACAGGCUUGUCGCUACCUACAGCCGGAACUGGUACUGGGGCUGUAAAAUAUAGAGCGUUGUAUGAGUUUAAUGCUCGAACAGAGGACGAACUAAGCUUUCAACCUGGAGAUAUUAUUCUGGUGUUUGAAGGUUAUGCUGCAGAGCCAGGUUGGUUAGCUGGUCAAAUGAGAGACAAAGUUGGCUGGUUCCCUUUAGCGUUUGCAGAACCAAUUGCCCCCAUCACUGCUAUAUCAGCUCAGCCACCACAAAGCGUUUCUUCUGUUCCAACCUCCCCGUCUAACGAGCGUUUACAAAGUAUUAUUGAAGAACCUUCCGUAACAACAAAAAGUGUUUCUCCAGAAACAUUACCAAGCCAAGUGACCGAGUCACCCACUACUGCUGAUGGUUCACAACCUGUAAUUGGUAAGGCAGUGGCGCAGUAUCAGUGGAAGGCGAGAAAUGAUAAUGAGCUUAGUUUUUCGAAGAAUGAUGAAAUUGAAAUUUUGGAGCAAGUGGAGAUGCGCUGGAAGGGGCGCCUUAGUAAUGGUCGAGUUGGGUGGUUUCCGAAGUCUUAUGUGAAAAUGAUAGACAGUGACAAUAAUGCCACUGAAGUGAAAGGGAACGAUUCAAAAACGAUAACUAAGGCAAAAAGUGCUUCUGUUGAGUCAAAUAAGCCGACAGCUGCAAAUGCUAACCCCAAUGUCUACGACGCAGUGACAGUUGAAUCCCCAUCAUCCGGAAGUCGUGGAGAGUGGUGCAUUGCAUUAUAUGAUUUUCAAGCUUCUGAGCCAACUGAUCUCGACUUGAAAGCUGGUGACAAAAUAUGGGUUACUGAAGCUGUAGAUGAUUGGUGGAAGGGCACUUGUAAUGGUCGUAGUGGAAUAUUUCCUGCCAAUUACGUCCAAAGGUUUCCUGAUGCUGAUGUUGUUAAAGCUGAAGAAGGCGAUUUUGGAAUUGGCAAAGCGGUAGCAGCGUUUCAGGCUACUGCAGGAAACCAACUUAGCCUGCACAUUGGUGACAUGGUAAAGAUCUGCAGUAAAUCACCUGCUGGAUGGUGGCAAGGCGAAAUGAUUACAAACAAUGGAACGAAGAAAGUGGGUUGGUUUCCCGGAAACUACGUUGAACUGCAAACAGAAGAAGAAGUACUUUCUGAAGCGCUUUAUGAUUAUACAGCCCAGAGGGAUGAUGAAUUGUCCUUUGUUUGUGGGGAUUUGAUUGUGGUUACAGACCGAAGUGACUCAGAGUGGUGGAAGGGCCACUUGAAAAAGGCACGAGAUGCUGGUGAUGCACUUUUCCCAGCAAAUUACGUUCGCGUUAGUGUUGUGGAUAGUGCACGCAAUGAUACAAGGGAGACGGCGGGGCAAGGGACUUCAGAGGCUAGUAAGGCUACAUCUACAUCUUUCAACGAAGAUUAUUCAGUUACAAACUCAAAACUCAAGAAACUUACUGAGGAGUUGUAUACAACGGAAAUGCGUUUCCAUCAUGAUCUCAGAAUGUGCCAAAAGCUUUUCGUUGUCAAUUUGGUCCCAGUUAUUGGCAAGGAGGUGAAAAACCAAUUGUUUUUGAAUCUUGAUGAGCUGGUAUCUAUCUCGGCCGAAAUUGCCGAAGCUUUAAAAAAAAAACUACCAGGGACUGUCUUCAUUGAAAAAAAAAAUCUUUUUCAUGCUUAUGUGAAGUUCUGUUCUAAUCAGCAACGUGCCUUGGAGUUGUUGAACGACCUUGAACUGAAUAAUCUUCCCUUCAAAAAAGCCUAUAGGAAAAUCUGCGAAAAUCCAGAAGCAAGAGGGCUCAAUCUGAGCUAUCUAAUUUUGCUGCCUAUGGGACGUAUUACCAGAUACCCACUGAUUUUUGAAAAGCUCAUCAAGUAUACUCCGAAAGAAAGUCCCACACUUAAGGAUUUGAAGACUGCUUACCAAUUACUGAAGGCUCGCUGCGCGGAAGUAAACAAUGUAAUUACUGAAAUGGAUAAUGCUGCUAUGUUACUUUGGGCACAACAGCACAUCCAGUGCAGUUCACUUAAACCUGCUCUUGUUUUCCCAUCUCGGACUAGGUACGUGGGACCUCGACAACUUCUUCAUGCUGGAGUUCUUUUCAAACAGCGAAGUGGACGUGCACUUGUCGCAUUUCUUUUCAAUGAUUUCAUAAUGCUUACAACACCUGCAGACCCUGUUGAGAAGAUAGAGGAUCUCAAGGUGACCAAACACUUGGACAUACAGUUGAACCUGUACAAAACUCCGUUGCUCCUAAAUGGUUUAACGGUCAUGUGUAACAAAGAAAGCGACGAAAGCACUUUUUCUCUGAAAUCAGACAUGACCGUUACCGCUUUACGAGCUCUAAAUCGAAAUGCGAGAGUACUCUGGAUAUCCCAAAUAGAAAAGGCAAUGGAGAAAUAUCACCAAGAAUGUAGCAAUUUGAAGAGGAAGGUAACCGAUGACGUAGCAUCUGUAGGCUCUUUACUGGUAGAAUUGUCUUGCGUCAAGAACUUUGAAGUAGAGGAGCAACCCAAGGGGGAACGAAUUUUGGUUUGUAAAAUGGAGCUUGACGGGACAAGGACGGUUUCAGAAGUAAAUGUAAAAAGUGAAGAGAAGUAUUCAACUCAACUGCCCAUCACUUCAACAGAUUCAAUCUUUACGAUUUCGCUUUAUAUUCCACGUCUUUACUCGCCAGAUGUAUGUAUAGGUGUUGGAAACGUGUCUGUUAAAGAGCUCUUGUCACAAGCUGCCUCGCAUAGAGGUCCAAUGUCACAGACGGUUAAUCUGACUGGUGGCGAAAUGUCUUCUGCUCAUCCUCUAGUUGUACUCAAAUUUGUUGUACAGAUGUUUAUUGAAUAG